AUGGCUGAGAACAGUGAGUGGAAGGACAAGACUCGGGGCGAGCAUAUUGAGGUGUUCGAGGAAGCCGCGGUGCUGGCAGCCGGAGAUACCGUGCUGGUUGACAAGGAAGGUCAUGUCCGCAAGCUACCAGUCCCCUCUUCAAGCCCCAACGACCCUCUGAACUUUUCCUACUGGAAGAAAGCUGGCGUCAUUGUGUCAUGUUGUUGGUUCGCCUUCAUGUCUCUUGCCGUUGUCGGCUCUCUUGGCCCCAUCAUACUGGUCUUCAUCAACCUCUACGCUCCUGAAGGAUACUCAACGAAUACAAUCAUGUUGAUUGCGACACUUCCGUCUUUCUUUACCGGUAUCGGCAAUUACUUGAUUUUGCCUUUUGCUCUUGCUUAUGGCCGCCGUCCGGCUUUCCUCCUGGCUGCUAUAGCCUUGGUUGCGUCCUGCAUUGGUGCAGCAGCCAGUCGUGACUUCAUCGGCCAUCUGGUUGCCAGAGUCUUCCAGGGUCUGACCAGUGGAGCUACGGAAUCGUUGCUCCCCCUUAUGAUGGCUGAGGUGACUUACGUGCAUCAACGAGGCAAAGUGUUUGGCCUGUACUGGUCGCUCCAGAGCAUCAUAUCCAACAGCCUCACUCUCGCCAGCAGCUACGAGGUUGCCGCCUUGUCAUGGCGCUGGUACUACGGCAUCAUGACCAUCGCCGGCGGCGUCGGUCUCAUCCUCGCCAUCCUAUUCGCCUUCGAAACGCGCUUCCACCGCCCUCCCACCUUCGCCGACGGCCAAGUCAUCAUCACCGACGACUUCGGCAACACCCGCCUCAUGACCGACGACGAGUACCGCGAGUACAGCGCCGCCUACGGAACCUCCUCCUCCUCCUCCCCCUCAGACACCCAACCCAAAACCUACGCCCAACUCCUCCACCCCUGGCCGGGCCGCGCCCCCAACGCCGCCCGCAUCGUCGCCACGUCCUUCGUCGAGAUGGCCAAGUGCUGCACCGCGCCCGGCAUCAUCUACGCGACGCUGGUGCCGAGCGUGACGACGGGCUGCAUGAUCGCCAUGUCGCUGUCGUACAGCGCGGUGCUGACGGAGCACUACGGCCAGUCCGCCGCCUCGGUCGGCCUCAUCAACAUCGCCUCCAUCCCGGCGUCUUUCGCCGCGCUCUUCGUCGCCGGCUACGUCGGUGACCGCCUCGCCGUCGCCAUGGCGCGCCGCUACAACGGCGGCGUGCACCAGCCCGAGCAUCGCCUGCUGCCGUUCGCGUUUGGCGGCGUCGUCGGCGCGGCCGGGUUGCUGGUGUAUGCAUUUUAUGCGGAUGGGAAGCCCGGUGGUGGGGAUGGUGGGUGGGUGGUUGUGUAUGUGGCGUGGGGGCUGUAUCUUUUUGCGUUUGUGCUGAGCUUGAUCUCGUCGACGACGUUUGCGGCGGAGGUGUGGCCGAAGGCGCCGGGCCCGGCAUUGGUGGUUGUGGUGGGGACGAAGAAUAUUAUCAGCUUUGCGAUUUCAUACGCGCUUACGCCGAUGCUGGAGAGGUAUGGGUACAGGACUUCGUAUGGCAUUCUGAGCGCCAUCCACAUGGCGUUCUUCUUGGCGGGCAUUCCGGUGUAUUACUUGAAUCCGAAGUGGAGAAAUUGGAGGGCCAGGAGGGAUGCGCUAAAGGCGGCUUUAUGA